AGCCCCUAAUCAGCUGAUUGUCAAGUCGCUGACAUAACCUACAAGGUUCGAUUUCGUUAAAAGAUAAUUGUAUCUAAACGAUACUACAGUAAAAUGUAUGACGAAAUCUCUGAGUAGUGCAGUACCAAAUUGUCUCUUUGUAGCAAAUGACCGAAGGUUAGCAGUUACAGUUACGUGGGAAAUCACUCACAAACAAGAGGCCCCCGUGUUGUGGUGAUGGUGAUAGUGGAAAGUUUAAGUGUAAAUUAUUGUGAUGCGACGAGGAAUUAAAUCAAUCAGUACCUAGUUAAAGAGGGUCAAAAGUCAUCACAGCCUGCAGAGUUAAAUGGUUUUAAAUCUACAUGCGAUGGGUAACAAUUCCAGUCUGCCCAAGGGGCGUCGGAAAUCUCUACGGUCUUUUGUUAGAAGAUCGUACAGCAGGCCCGGUCUUAGUCAUACAUUCACAGUUCCCGACAUUGACGAGCAAAUGGAACUGUUGAACAUCAACAUAGCUACAGAGGAGGAACUGAUGACCCUGCCUGGUGUUAACAGGGAAAUUGCCAAAAGUAUUGUGGACCACCGGAAGGCAAUUGGGAGGUAUCGAAAGGUGGAAGACCUGGCAUUAGUUAAAGGGAUCGGGGCCCUGAAACUGGAAAUAAUGAAACCGGAGAUUUGUGUAUCUAUAAGGCGCAAUCAGAGCAUCUCAUCUAGGGCUCCCAGCUAUGACAGCCUUAGAAGCACAGAUUCCAGGAUAACAACGAGAUCAGCUAGAUUAGUGAAUAUUAAUAAGGCCACUGUCUUUGACCUACAGAGCGUGCCAGGGAUCACUCAGGAAAUUGCUGCCGGAAUUUUAACACAUCGCAACAAAAAAGGGCACUUCAGAAAGAUUGAUGAUUUGCUUAAAGUAAAACACAUCAGUCGAAUGCGCCUGGAUAACAUAUCGAAAUAUUUGACUACUGAAGACAGUGAAGAUAACAUAAGUGAGUCUUCAAUAUCAAGGCCCAGUAUACUUACUAAUGGAUUCGUAUCAACUCAACAUACCAAUGGGCGAUUUAAUAGACCGUCAUUCAGAGGUCAUGUUCCUAACGGCCUCACUCCUUCAACCACUUUUGAUAUUUUCGAACUGUUAUCGACUUAUUCGCCGCGUCCAAUUUUGAGUGAGGUGUUUAAAAAUUCAAGAAAUGGUGAGGCCGCUGCUAGAAUCGGUUCCUGGAACUUGCACAAAUUCACCCAAGACAAAGCCACCAAUUUGGGAGUGAAGGAAGUGAUUUGCCGGACUAUUUUAGAAAAUGGAUUAUCCUUGCUAGCUGUUCAAGGGAUUAAGGAAGUAAUCGCUUUGAAAACGAUAUGCGAAGAACUGAAUAAGCCCACUUUACGAAGGGUGGAGGAAUGGAAGGAGAACAGUCAAAAUUGGAAUUUUUGCAUGCUUGAUGUGCAUGAUUCACAGUUAGGGUUUAUCUACGACUCUGGAAAUCUCGCCCAUAUUGAGUUGAGGAACUUAUUGGGAAAUCCGGAAGAGACACAAAGCGAAUGUGAUGCUUUGAUUGCGCACUUUUUAAUCGGCGAUAUCAAUCUACAAUUGGUCAAUUUGGCUUUGAAAGUCGGAGCCAAUAUCGCACUGUUAAACGAAAAAAUCGCCGAUCUUAUCAGUGAAGAAGAAACGGUGGUCCUUUGUAUUGAUUUGGCCAAUUUUCAUGAAUCCGACGAUUCAGCGUUAACAUUGGGAGGUUUAACGCCCAUAUUCCCAAGCAGCACAAAUACACAGUUUCCUGCUUUAAAAGCGGGUUACCAUUCUAGUCACAUAUCAAAUAUACUGGUAAAUGCACAAAUCAAACAAUAUUUAACUGGUUACAAAAAUAUCGUCAGUAAAGGAAUUACGCAUCUGGCCAUCCCGAAUGGAUGGUCGUGGGGUGGACCAGUCUCAUCCAACUGUCCGAUCUGGAUGGAACUAUUCAUUGCUAGGAAGUCUGAGGAUAGUAAUUUGUGAUAUUUGCUUUUAUCACUUGUGGUUAUUGUUUUGUUCGAUAUUUUAUUUGUAUUGUAAAAAAUGUGUGGUGUUUUGUUAUGUGGUGAUUGUCAGGCAGUACAAAUUGGUUGUUAGUGUAAAUAGAGUAAAACGUUUUGCUUCCCGGCCAUUAAAGCUACUGUAUUUUAGUGAAUAAAUUAGCAGAGGUUCAUUUAUUUUCAACAA